GACGACGGGUGCACGUUAACUGUCACUAUACUUGCAUCUUCUACUGUGUCGUCGUGCUAUUGUAUUCACGUCAUCACUAUUACCAACACAGGAAGGACGAACUUAGAAUACGAUGUAUUCCGGCACUACAAUGAGUUCGCGGUCCUAGCCACUGAUUUUGAGGGCUCCACUGGCAGGCCCCCACCGUACCCACUACCGCCCUCUCUGGAGGCAUCGACUUUCUACAAUGAUAAGAGUAUGGUGGAGGAGCAUUGCAGAGAGCUUGAACUGUUCGUUGGUUAUCUCCUCUCCUUCUCUUCGGACCAGGGGGUGUGGAAGCUAGUCGUGUCAAAAUUCCUACAACUUGAUGAUGGGACUACUAGUAGUAGUUCACUAGCCUUCGUUGGCGACUCAGCGGGUCAUCCUGAUAUAAGGCAAGCCCUUUAUGGUUACAGGCCCUCUAGUCCUCUCUUGUCUCCAUCUCACGAUCAUCAGUGUGCCGACUCAGCGACACCAUCCCAUGCCGAGGGGUCCCGUACAAGCUUUGCGCGUUAUUUGUACGACAAGCUCGUGCAUAUUAUCAACUGCUUCAGGAGAGGUCAUAGCCGCCGAGGGCCGUCUCAUACAUACCAUAGAUCUAGACGUCGGAGGAGGAGCCAUCUGGGAUGCCGGAGGAGCCAUCGACGAUGAGUCCAUCUACUGCCAGGUGGGGAAUGGUACAUCCCAUGGGCCAUCACUGGGUAGGUGUAUCCCUCUGUCUACAGCCUCUUCGCGAGUUAUUCUCCAUGACGCUACUAUGUGAACGGUUGCGAGACUGCCUUUUCGGACCGUUCUAUUGUCAAUUAUUUUCUCAACUACCUAGCUCUUACCAAAUUAUAAGAU